GUUGCUAUGGUUACGGAAGUGCGCCCGUGAGACGGAGACUUCAGUGGAGACAUGGCUGUGCAGAGCUGGACUCAGAGUUUACAGGCAUCGAGGAAAACAGCUCUGAUACAGGACGGAAAAAGGAAGAUCCACUUCCUCUUCUCAGAUGGAAAAGAAAUGGCUGAGGAGUAUGACUUGAAAACAGAUGAGCUCAUUGUACGAAAGUGGCGUAAUGAAAGCACACUUGGAGCUCAGGGCCCAUGGCAGGUGGAGGUAGGGGAGCCAGCUGCCAGCCCAGUUGCAUCUUCGGAUGAUGUGAUCAAGGAGAACAACUCCAAUCCUGUGUUCAUGCGUACGGACACAAAGAGCAGCUUUCAGUGGCGAAUCCGUAACCUUCCCUAUCCUAAAGAUGUCUUCAGUGUUUUUGUGGAGCCGUCGGAGAAAUGCAUCAUCAUAAAGACCUCAAACAAAAAGUAUUAUAAGAAGUUCAGUGUACCUGACAUGGAGCGCAGCGAGCUUCCAUUCGACUGCUCUGCCCUCAGCUUCACUCACGCCAACAACACUUUGAUUGUCAGCUACAAGAAGCCCAAAGAGAUCUUAACCCUUGAGCAGGAGCUACUGAAGGAGCUGAAGAAGCUGAAGGGAACUGGAGAUGGGAACGCCGACUGCAAAACUCAGUGAAUUGUGACGAUGGAAAGAACAGGAACACAAGAAAGCAUUUCAUACGCUGCCUGUCCUGUUGUUUUGCAAAUUCUUGAGAGAGACUUGAAGGAGCUGACGUGCAGAAAGUCCCUGACACACACUCGUCAGGGAAGUGAUUUUCUACCUGUUUUUAUACAAUACUUGUUUCUGUCGACUCUAAAUAAAUAUAACAUGUAAAAACAAA